UCAGAGCCAAUCAGGUCAGAGAUUUCUGUGGCUUUGCUCCUGAAAAGAGAAGUGGGGGGAAGGGAGAGAAAAGAUGGCCACAUUUCCCCCCAAGCCACAUGAUCCAUUUCCCAUGUGACACAUUCCAGAGCCUUGGAAAGGAGAAGGGAGGGGCACUGAGAGUGGGGCUGGGGGUGGGAAGAUGGUUUAACAGUCAACCCUGCACAGCGUCAUCUUGUCUGCCUACCAGGAAGCAGGCGGUGAGGGCAGGCAGACAACAGAUAUGAGUGUGUUCCGAAGGUUUCCCGGUGGCUUGUGGCAACCUCUGAAGUCAUGUCUGACAGCUGCUCCUGACCAAGAAGACCCACGGAGCCUGUCUCUGAGACCAAGUCCUGAUGAAGAACUAAGAGGGAAAGAGUGACUAUGGUUUUUGCUCACAGAAUGGAUAACGAGCAGCCACCUGUGGUUCCUGCUACCCUGCUGGUGCCCCUUCAGAACCACAGCUGCAUGGAAUUCCACGAGGAGCGCAGCUGGAUGAGCAACAGGACAGACCUUCCAUACGGGCUAAACCCUGGAGAGGUGGCCACAGCCAGCAUUUUCUUUGGCGCUUUGUGGUUGUUCUCGAUCUUUGGCAACUCCCUGGUGUGUCUGGUCAUCCACAGGAGCCGGAGGACUCAGUCUACCACCAACUACUUUGUGGUCUCCAUGGCAUGUGCCGACCUCCUCAUCAGCGUGGCCAGCACACCGUUUGUCGUGCUGCAGUUCACCACCGGGAGGUGGACCCUCGGCAGUGCCAUGUGCAAGGUUGUGCGCUACUUCCAGUACCUCACUCCAGGCGUGCAGAUCUACGUGCUCCUCUCCAUCUGCAUAGACCGCUUCUACACCAUCGUCUACCCGCUGAGCUUCAAGGUGUCCAGAGAAAAGGCCAAGAAAAUGAUUGCGGCCUCCUGGAUCUUGGACGCGGCCUUUGUGACGCCCGUCUUCUUUUUCUAUGGCUCCAACUGGGACAGCCACUGUAACUACUUCCUCCCGCCCUCCUGGGAGGGAACUGCCUACACUGUCAUCCACUUCUUGGUGGGCUUCGUGAUUCCCUCCGUCCUCAUAAUCUUAUUUUACCAGAAGGUCGUAAAGUAUAUCUGGAGAAUAGGCACUGAUGGGCGGACGCUGAGGAGGACGAUGAACAUUGUCCCCAGGACAAAGGUGAAAACGGUCAAGAUGUUUCUGCUCCUGAACUUGGUAUUCCUGCUCUCCUGGCUGCCUUUCCACGUGGCUCAGCUCUGGCAUCCCCUGGAGCAAGACUACAAGAAGAGCUCUCUUGUCUUCACAGCAGUCACCUGGGUAUCUUUCAGCUCUUCAGCCUCGAAACCCACUCUGUACUCUAUUUAUAAUGCCAACUUCCGGAGAGGGAUGAAGGAGACCUUCUGCAUGUCCUCCAUGAGAUGCUACCGCAGCAAUGCCUACACCAUCACAACCAGCUCAAGGAUGGCCAAAAGAAACUAUGUUGGCAUCUCGGAAAUCCCUCCCAUGAGCAGGACGAUAACCAAAGACUCCGUCUAUGACUCGUUUGACCGUGAGGCCAGGGAAAAGAAGCUUGCCUGGCCCAUCAACUCAAACCCACCGAACACUUUUGUCUAAUUUUUAAUUCUUUCACUGUUAUAUGGGAGAGAUUAAAAGGCUUUAACUAUAAACAGAGACGUGCUCUACUUAGUUUUCACUAAACUUUCUGUUUUGUAAAAUGCAUUCACCAUUGAUUAUGGUUCCUGUGGAUUUUGUUCCAGUUCCUUUUUGUUGGUUGGUAGUGCUCCCACUA